AAGUCACUGAAAAAUAAAUUAAAAUGUUCAGUCUUUUAUCCAACUCACAGGGAAAAUUGCUGGCAGUGAUAAUCAACAAGAAAUAAAGCCAAAAAUAACCAAAAAAGAACACAGAAAUCUUGGACCUGCAAAAUUUGAGCUGAGAAAAAUGGAAUUGAUGGAAGGAAUGGCUAUACACAUACCAACAAAAUCUUACAAGAUGUUAUUAGUAAAGUUCCAGAUGGACCUAGAACCCAAUCCACAGAUCAAAUAUUUUCAAAAUACAGAUCUCUUUGUAGUCAGAAAUAAAACAAAAAUGCCUAAUAUAUGUUGGUUAUAUGACAGUUUUUGGCUAGUGUAGUAAGAUAAGAAAAAGUAUAAGAUCUGAACAGAAGAGCAAAACCUUUGUUAUUCAGACAAUGUGACUAUCAUCAUAGAAAAACAAACUGAGGCGUGGGUUAAGCAUCUGCCUUUGACUCAGGUCAUGAACUCCAGGUCCUGUGAUGGAGCCCUGAGCAAGCAGCAGGCUUCUUGCUCAGCAGGGAGUGUGAUUCUCUCCCUCCACUCCACCCAACCGCUCCCCACCACUCAUUCUCUCUCUCAAAUAAAAAAAAAAUAAUUUUUUAAAAAAGCACAGUGAUUCUAAAAACCACUGAAAAUUUUAAAAGAUGUCAGCACUGUUGCUAUUACACAAAAUUCAACUGUAUUCCCUUUAAAUGCCAAUAACAAAUAUUCUAAAUAUAUUUACAAGGGCAAUCAAGUAUCAUACCUUACAAUAAUUUUUUAAUUAUGCAAGACCUUUAUGAAGAAACUAUAAAAUGUUAUUGCAAUUUAUAAAAAUAAGACUUAAAUGAGAAAUCCAGUGAGGUCAUAGAUGGAGCAAUUUAAUAUUAUAAAAUGGCUAAUUCUGGUACAAGUUGAAUGCAAUUGCAAUUGACAUCCCAAAAAGUGGUUUCCUGGAACUUAGUAUAUUGGUUCUAAAUUUUGUACAGAGGAUCCAAAUAUAGCUGAGACAGACUUGUGGAAGGAGAAGGAAGAAUGCUUCCCAUAAAUAAAAUAGAGUUCGGUUUUCUCUUUAGUAUAUGGAGUAUCUAGCUAUAGCAGGCUCUCACUUAUGGAGAGCAAUAAUCAGCGGGAGUUGACUUGUGACUGCCCCUUCAAAUCGAAUACUGCUCUCCAGCUCACUCAGCACAUUGUUCUUCUUUAAGGCACAUGCCUCAUCCUAUAGAUAUGUGUAUGAUAGUUGCUCGGGUGGGAGGAUAGGGUAAGAGAUAUAGAAGAGGUUAUUUUAGGGAUCCCUGGGUGGCGCAGCGGUUUAGCGCCUGCCUUUGGCCCAGGGCGUGAUCCUGGAGACCCGCGAUCAAAUCCCACGUCGGGCUCCCGGUGCAUGGAGCCUGCUUCUCCCUCUGCCUAUGUCUCUGCCUCUCUCUCUCUCUCUCUCUCUCUAUCAUAAAUAAAUAAAAAAAAAAGAGGUUAAUUUAAAAUUACAUGGGUUCUGUUAGUUUUGUAAAUAUCCUCCCAGUGAGCUGCCAAGCAGAAAGAAGAGUGGAUCGUGUGACUCUUAAGAGUUUGAUGCUUCUGGUAGUGAUCUGAGCAGGAUCAUGGGAAUAAGUGGCAGAGAAAGGAUGGAAGAAAGCACACCAGAGGUUAUAGUGUGAAAGAUGCAAGGUCCAAAUGGCACAAGACUUGGGGAUGUUGGCUUCCCUGAGGCAAAUAUGUGGAAUUAGGGUGAAGAGAAAGGUCGAAAGGUCGUAAGACAAGAACUGACAGGGACUCUAUAAUGCUAAGCAAAACUAGAAGUGUCAGAGAAACAAGAAAGAAUCCAACACCAACACAGAAGGAAACAUCAUCUUUCCUGGGAACCCACUGUAGACCAAGCACUUUGACACAGGCUCUCUACUUGAACCCCAACAUUAGUCCUCUGAGAGUAGACAUUAAUAUCCCUUUGUUACAGAUGAGCAAACUGAAGCAAUGUCUGAGGUCAUUGGCCCCAUGUGACAAGGCUGAGAUUCCAAGCAGUCAGAUUCACACUAGGGCCUCCUGCUUCCACAGUCCACCUCUUCUUUCACUAAAGUCACAAUGGUCACUGAAGCACCCUGAAAUGCACACAGACUUGCAUGAAGAAAACAGAGCUAACAAAGGAUAUUGUUAAACACAUCCCCUCAAACAGCUAGACUUUAUCAACGCUUCCAAAGCACCAGUUCAGACAGAUGAAGGAGGAAUAGGAAUUCUGUCCAGCGCCAACUUUAGCCGAGCAUCUUUGUGUUAACCAGAUUUUCUGGAAGAGUCUGAUGCAAACAGCCUUAACCCACAACGUGAGAAGCAAGGCAGUUUUAGAAAUAUAAGUCACCUACAUGAGGUCGCCUGUUUUAAUUCUGCCACCUGAUCAAGUGUUUUAACCCUGUCUCCAAGCCCCUGCCUCCUGUAAAAUGGGUGUAAAUUACAGCGUGGUUCUGGAAGAUUCCAUGUGAUAAAUCUCGCAAUGUCCUACUAUGCUUAGAACAGUACCGGGCACCUAAGAGCCCAAUAUAUUACCAUAGUCGCCAUGAGUAUGAUGGAGGUCUUUUUUAAAAAUAAUGCAGUAAUACUUAGAAACGUUAUCUUAAAAAAAAAAAAAAAAAAGGACUGAUGGAUAUAAGUGUAGUGGGAUGAGGCAUAGUAAAAAUUCUAAUGAUGGAAAGUUAAAAUAGUCCAAAGUUAAAGGUAAAAUGUCCACCGUAAAAUUCAACUUUCUCUAGGUUUUAAAAUGUCCAUAACCAACGCUGGAAAGACAAUGCACGGCCGUGCGCUCGGAGAGGAGGGGGUAGUUUCGUUUUGUUCCCUGUCGAACAGAAAGGUACAUAGAGAGAAAACAAAAUGGGCGAGCUCCUCCCCAGCUCGGGGCCGCCUCGGGGCCGCAGGGCCGUCCGCAAAGCCGCCUGAACGAGAUCGAGGACCGCUGGCGAAGGAGCGAAUCCUCGAGAGCGCGGCCCGCGGCUGCCAAGCCCUCGCGAGGGACAGGGACGCGCUCCAGGCGGCGCCUCCCGCCUCAGCGCCCAGGAGGUGGGGCCGGAGCGCGCGCCGGCGGAGGCGCGGCGCGGCCGUUACCCGGGGACUCGGGGCCGGCGCCGGCCGCAGCGCGCCGCGGGUAAAUACCUUCAGCUGGGCGGGGGAGAGGAGCGUCGAAUUUCAAAAAAAAAAAAAAAAAUCCACACAAACACACACACCCCCCAAACCCCCCACAGCCCCGGGCGGGCGGGCGCGCGGAUGGGCGCCCUUUGGCUGAGGGAGCGAGUGGAGGAUGCUGGGAAGGAGGUAAAAUGGCCACCGGCGGCGGCGCGGAAGAGGAGAGGAAGCGGGGGCGGCCGCAGCUCCUGCCCCCCGCGCGGCCCGCGGCCCGCGGCGAGGAGGCCGAGGGCGGCCGCGAGAAGAUGGGCUGGGCCCAGGUGGUGAAGAACCUGGCCGAGAAGAAAGGCGAGUUCCGCGAGUCGCGGCCGCCGAGGCGGGAGGAGGAGGGCGGCAGCGGCGUGGGCGGCGGGCUCGGCGGCCCCGCGGGCCUGGCGGCGCCGGGCCUCGGCGACUUCCCCCCGGCGGGCCGCGGGGACCCGAAGGGUCGGCGGAGAGACCCGGCCGGCGAGGCGGCGGACCCCCGCAAAAAGAAGGGUGCAGCCGAGGCGGGCCGGAGGAAGAAGGCCGAGGCGGCGGCCAUGGCGGGCCCGGCCAGGCCUGGCGCGGCCGAGGACGCGGCCGAGGGGCCCGCUCAGGACGAGCAGGCAGUGGCAGCGGGCCCCGCGGCGGGCCCGGGCAAGGGCCGCUUCCUCGUGCGCAUCUGUUUCCAGGGAGACGAGGGCGCCUGCCCCACGCGGGACUUCGUAGUAGGCGCGCUCAUCCUGCGCUCCAUCGGCAUGGACCCGAGCGACAUCUACGCAGUCAUCCAGAUCCCGGGCAGCCGCGAGUUCGACGUGAGCUUCCGCUCCGCGGAAAAGCUGGCCCUGUUUCUCCGCGUCUACGAGGAGAAGCGCGAGCAGGAGGACUGCUGGGAGAACUUUGUGGUGCUGGGGCGGAGCAAGUCCAGCUUGAAGACGCUCUUCAUCCUCUUCCGGAACGAGACGGUGGACGUGGAGGAUAUCGUGACCUGGCUCAAGCGCCACUGCGAUGUGCUGGCCGUGCCGGUGAAAGUGACCGACAGAUUUUAUUUAUUUAUUCAUGAGACAGAGAGAGAGAGAGAGGCAGAGACAGGCAGAGGGAGAAGCAGGCUCCAUGCAGGGAGCCCGACGUGGGACUCGAUCCAGGGACUCCAGGACCACCACACCCAGGGCCAGAGGACCCCAUCCAGGAUGUCAUAUUAUCUCAUGACUCCUUGGUUCCUCUGGGCCGCAGCAGUUUCUCUCAGACAUGAACAUGAUUUAUCACUGUUGGUACUGACCUUGACCACCUGGCUGAAGAGGAGCUUGUCAGGUUUCUCCACUGGAAAAUUACUUUUCGUUUACCCUUUUUCAUUCUAUCUUCUUUGGAAGGAAGUGAAUUAAUAUGCUCAACCCACACCUAAGGAUGGCAGUUAUGUUAACCUCCUUAAAGGUAGAGUAUCUACAUAAGUUAUUUGGAAUUAUUCUGGAGUGAAGAUUUGUCUUUUCUACUUAUUAUUCGGUUAUUUAUUUAUAUCAGUAUGGACUCAUGGAUAUUUAUUUCAUAUUUUAAGUUAUAAUCCAAUACUACUUAAUUUUGUUGCUCAAAUUGUUCCACCUUUUGCCUUCGGGAGCUCUUUUAGUUAACACCUGUUUUCCUUGGACAUACCCCCAUCGUUGUAUACCCUUUCGUCUUCUUCUUGAUCUUGGGAACCUCCUUCUUUCUGGCAUUAUAUGAUACUUCAGGCUUAUCUUGCAUAUUUCCUGCUCAGGUCCUAGAAUCAGCUGUUUCUCAAAAACCCUGAUUCCUCCCAUUGGAGAAUGGUAUUAUAAACUAAGAUCUGGAUGCUAAGUAUGCUCAUUGCUACUGAGGUGUCAUUUCUUUUAAGCCUUCAAAACUAACAGAACAAAGAAAUAUAUAUGUAUAUACUAACCUGUUUGUAAACACAUAUCUAUAAAUAUUUCUGUAUGUAACCAUCUGUAUCUAUAUUAAACUAAACAUGAGUUUAUAUUUAUAUUUUGCUAUUCUAAUCCAUUAGCACAUGAGUCAUUAUAACCUUCUCUCCUUGCUUAUCUGUAAAUUCCCACUCCAACAGUGAGAAACUUGGCUCCUACUAUCCACCAUCCAUUUACCUAAUUGUUCAACUCCAGUGUACAUGUGCAGCAGUAUCAGGAUUGUUGACCCAUAUCCCUGUGGGAAACUUUAUCAACUAGAAUGCAGUACUUCUGUACACUUUCUGUGGCUUUUAGUUUUACAGGAUCCACUUAUUUCUUUUUUUUUAAGAUUUUAUUUAUUUAUUCAUGAGAGAGAGAGAGAGAGGCAGAGACACAGGCAGAGGGAGAAGCAGGCUCCAUGCAGGGAGCCCAAUAUGGGACUCGAUCCUAGGACUCCAGGAUCAUGCCCUGGGCCGAAGGCAGGUGCUCAACCGCUGAGCCAACCAGGCGUCCCUCUCUGGAUGCUUGAAAUUAUUUUUUAAAAAUUCACCUGCAUUAGCAUUUACUCUUUAAGUUGUACACGUCUAUGGGUUUUGACAAAUGCAUAAUAUAUUCACCAUUAUAGUAUCUUACAGAAGAGUUUUAUCACUCUAAAGUGUCUUCUGUGCUUCAUCUAUUCAAUUCUCUCUCUCUCUCUCAAACGUUAAUAACUAUAGGUCUUUUUUUCUAAGAUUUUAUUUAUUUAUUUGAGAGAGAGUGUGAGUGAGUGAGUGAGUGAGUGAGUGAGAGAGAGAACAGAGCAGUGGGGAGAGGCAGAGGGAGAAGGAGACUCCUUGCUGAGCAGGGAACCUGAAGCGGGGCUCAAUCCCAGGACUCCAGGAUCAUGACCUGAGCCAAAGGCAGAUGCUUAACUGACUGAGCCACCCAGGUGCCUCCAUAGGUCUUUUUACUAUCUCUAUAGUUUUGCUUUUUUAUGCUUUAAAAAAAAAAAAGAUUUAUUUAUGAGAGAGAGAGAGGGUGUGAGGGGCAGACGGAGAGAGAAACUUAAGCAGACUUCCAUUCUGAGUGUGGAGCCCAACCUGGGGCUUGAUCUCACUACCCUGAGAUCACGAGCCAAAAUCAAGAGUUGGCUGCCUAACUGACUAUGCCACCCAGAUCCCCCUGUGCUUUUUUUUUUUUAAGAGAAGAUAUACAGGAGUAUAUUUGUUGUUGCUUUUGUUAUAGCUACCACUCACUGAAUCCUUACCAUGUCCCAUGUCCUGAACUAUUAUACUCUCCCAUUUUGCAGAUAAGAAAAUUGAAACAAAUGAGUUGAAAUAACUCCCUAAAGACUAUUAAUAUUGAACAAAUUUUUACUUCAAAUCCUGGACACAUUGAUUGUUUAAAACCCCAGUAUUUACAUGCUUGACUUCUGAAUCAUCUAAGGGAGUCCACCACAUUUAGCCAGUAAGAUGAGUAUGACCUACUUCCUGCUUUACCCAAGCAGUCCCAAUUUAUUUCUGUUGUUAUAGCAAAAUUAUUAAUGUGUCCCCUUCAUCAUAAAUUAUAUGGUUACUGCCAAAUGAAAAAGUCUAAUGAAUUUUAGAGUCAGGUUAUAGGGGUAAAAAUUAUACUCCAGGAGAUGAGGGGAUGUACCAGUGGUGUGUGAUUUCAGAGUCACCAGGCAGGACCUGCUAUCCAGAUCAAAUCCCCUCUGCCAUCCAGUCACCUUCCACUUUUUUCUCCCAAUCUGAUUAAUCCCCAUUCCAUCAGUCAUGCUGGUGCUGUUAGUAUUCAUGAGAGACACACAGAGAGAGGCAGAGACAUAGGCAGAGAGGGAAUCAGGCUCCAUGCAGGGAGCCUGAUACAGGACCCGAUCCCGGACUCCAGGAUCACGCUCUGUGGUGAAGGCAGACACUCAACUGCUGAACCACCCAGGUGUCCCAUGCUGUGCUGUUAAAAUGACUCUGCCACUGUCCUUUUCUGCCCAUAGACAUGUCCCCAGCUAUGGUCUCUCUUUUCUGCCUUGUGCUUCUCUGAGUCUCAAAGUACAUCUCAUGGAUUGGCCAUCCAGCAUUCCAGCAGGAUUUUUAAGGCUCUGGCAUUUCACAAAGAAGUAAAAAAAAAAAUUCUCCCCAUUCAAAAAAAAUAAAACCCACAUUUUAAAACUUUGGAGUUAAAAAACAAAACAAAACAAAAAACUUUGGGGUAAGCAAAAGAUUGUCAACUUUUUAUUUUGCUAAAAUGAGAAAAACCUCCAUCUUCUAUAUUAGUCUAGUCUUUUGGAAAUAUAAUGUAAGCCUUAAGUGUAAUUUAAAAUUUUCCAGAAGUCACAUUUUAAAAAAAUUUUAAAAAGAAAGAAAAAACAGGUGAAAAUAAAUUUUUAAAGAUUUAUUUAUUUUAGGGCAGACCAGAUGGCUCAGCGGUUUAGUGCCGUGUUCAGCCCAGGGUCUGGUCCUGGAGACCUGGGAUCGA